GUACGUCGCGCGUGAAAUUGAAAUAAAUAAAUAAUAAAGAUUAAAGAAAUCUACGAACGUUGAGUGCGGUACGCACGCGAAAAAAGAUGCGCAAGAAUCGAAGUAUAUCAAAUCGACAGCAAUGAGGAGGCAAAGCAACGCAACAACAGCUAAUUAAGGCAACAGAUUUGUUUUUCCGGACGCGAAAUGAAAAUGUAAUCAAAGAGACGAAACGAAAUUACUGGCAGCAAAACUUAGAGAGCAGUCAGUCAAACGAAUUAAUCGACUAACAAAUCGUGUGAAAUGGAAACGAAGUGCUUCUUCUUUCUCUUCAUAUGUAGCUAUAGUAUAGGAUAUUGCUUGAAAAGUGUGCACAGGAAAAUUGCGGACAGAUCGUAAGAGAGGAGCGCGCGCGGCGUGGCAAAAAAGUGUGGAAAAUUCAAUACAAAACGGCGCGACAAUAACAAAAAAAAAAGACGAAAAGGAGAAAGAGAAGAAAUUUUGCAAAAGCAGCUGUGUCUUUCUAUGUGUGCGUGUGUGUGUACGUGUGUGCCAGUGUAGCAAGAAAACAACACAAAAAGAGGAAUUCAAAAGUGAAUUAUAAAAACAACAAUAGUAGCUACAACAACAACAAUAACAACGGUAAUCAACAACAACAACAACUAGCCACAACCGCUGACUUCCGCUUUGAGCAUUUGCAAACGCAUUUACACACACACACACACACUCCCUUACCUGAGUGCCAACGACGACGACGCAGCAUCUCAGCAGCUGACAGACAGCCUCUCUCUCUCUCUCGCUCGCUCAGGUCUUCUCUGCUUGGCAAAUUAAAGAACGCCUACGCUGACGUCGCUGCCGCCGCCGCAUAAGAAUGCAAAAGAUAACAACAAAAAGAACAGAAACAGAAACAACUUCCAGCGCGCUGGCGUCUCAACUAGUCAACAUUUUUGCAUAAGGAGAGAGGGCGAACAGCAACAAAAACAAAUUAAGCAAACAUAUCCGUCAAAUUAACUACAUUUUAUUAGGCUCGAUAACAUAAUUCGAUAAAAAACAAAAAAAAAACAACAUGGAUUGGAUCAUCAGCGAUGAACUGGGUCUGACAGUGGGUCACGUGGUCGGCUGGGCGGCCGCCUCCGCUAUGGUCAUAGGCGGCGUUAUACCCUACGUGCCGCAGUAUGUUGAAAUCAAGAAAACGCAGGACGCCGAGGGUUUCUCUCUAUACGUUUGCCUGGCCCUGCUGGUGGCCAAUUCGCUAAGAAUACUUUUCUGGUUCUCCAGCCGCUAUGAGCUUCCAUUGCUGGUGCAGAGCGUCGUCAUGAAUGUCACCAUGUUCCUAAUGAUACACCUUUGCGUGAAGGUGAAGCGCAUGAAUGCCAAUACACGUGACCAUGCGCUGCGUGGCGACGAGCUGCACUUGCCAAAAGUGCUGACGGACACGGACACCGGCGCCUCCGUAUCCACAGAUGCGGGCGUCCUGAAGCGUGCACGUUCCAGGCAUUAUUUGAAUGAUCUGGACUUCAAAUACUUUUGGAACUGGACAGAUUUUCAAUCGUAUUUGGACAUGAUGCUCGUCGUUUGGGCCGUUGGCGCCGCGAUCACAUAUCUGAUGCUCUCCGUUCACUGGUUCAUGGAGGCCAUGGGCUUUGUGGCCGUCUUCACAGAGGCCAUGUUGGGUGCACCGCAGUUUCUGCGCAACUUUAAGAAUAAAUCAACAUAUGGUAUGAGCAUACACAUGGUGAUCAUGUGGACGCUCGGUGAUAUGUUCAAGACUGGUUACUUUAUUGCUAGAAAUGCGCCAUCGCAGUUCUGGAUAUGUGGCACGCUGCAGGUCAGCCUGGACAUUGCCAUAUUGCUGCAGGUGUGGAUCUAUCGGAACAAUACGAAGCCGCGCGACCUGAGGCGCGGCGAUUAGCAGUUUGCCCCCGAAGAACAACAACAGCAGCAACAACAACAGCAGCAGCAACAACAACAACAGCAACAG